AUGAGGCACUAUUCUGUCAUGCACAAGUUCCAAUUUAGGGUUAAAAGAUCUAGCCAUAGAAGCUACUGGCUUAUAUGCGUUGCAGAAAACUGUAAUUGGCACUUCAAGGAAACAUCAAUUAAUGAUUCUGCAAUGUUCAAGAUCAGGAGUUUCAAUCGACAACACAUAUGCACCUCAUUGGACGAUACAUUCAUACAGCGCAAACGUACUGCAGUUGUAGUUGGUAGCAUGGUCAUGCCAAAGUAUUAUGAUCCUAAGACAGUUUACACAGCGAAGGACAUACAAACAGACAUGGUGUCCCAACACGGAGUGAACCUAAGCUACAUGCAAGCAUGGAGGGCAAAGGAAAAGGCUUUACAGUUAUUGAGAGGUCAUCCGGCUGACUCCUACAGCAAAUUACCAAAAUAUUUUUAUAUUCUUAAGAAGACGUAUCCUGGUUCAGUUGUUAAAUUGAAGAAGACAACAGAUGAGUGCUUCUUAUAUGCAUUUGUUGCUCUUUGUACAUCAAUAAGUGGUUGGGAAUAUUGUAGACCAGUAGUCGUGGUUGAUGGGACAUUCUUAAAGACAGCCUACAGGGGAAUUAUGCUAACAGCAAGCACAAUGGAUACAACAGGUACAAUAUUGCCUUUGGCAUAUGCUGUGGUUGAUUCGGAAAACGACGCAUCGUGGAAGUGGUUUUUUGAGCAAUUCAAGCAAGCAUAUGGUGAAAGAACUUCAAUGUGUGUUGUUUCAGAUAGGAAUGAGACUUUAAGGGACAAGAAUAAAGGAUACGAAAACUAUUGCUCUCUGUAUUACACAAGGGAGAGCCUACUGCGUACAUAUGAAAUACCAGUAAAUCCCCUUCCUGAUGAAAGCAAAUGGAGUGUGCCACAACAUAUAUCUAAUGAAGUAGUAAAUCCACCUACGGGAGAGAAAAAGCAGCCAGGAAGACCUUAA